UCAUCUGGAGAGAUCGGAAUAUUUUAUUUGAAAUUGAGAGGAAGACUUUAAUCUUGACGUGUCAUAAUCCGGAAAUGAUUUUUUUGAACUGUAUGAAAUUGAUUGUAAAUAUCGGGGAUGUGGAGAGGAGAUCUGUGUGCUUUAUCACGUGGGGUUGGAUUUGUAUGUUUCUAGUGAGCAAACAGCAUGGACUCAAAACAACUCCUGGCAAAAACGAGUAACAGAAGCACAGAUAUCACCCAAAGCAUCGAAGAUGACCCUUUAAUCGAUGGCCCCCUCAUAUACCAGAAUGCUUUGGAGUCAGUCAUCAAGCAAGAAUUUCAAAAACUCCCCACAACAUGGGGAGCUGUGUCCCUGAAUGUGCUGCAUGUGGUGUAUGUGAGCACGUGCCUUGCCCUGGCUUCGGUGUGCUGGUUAACUGACACUCACUCUGCCGAGUGCAUGGCAGCGUUGAACGGGGUGGACUCGAGAACCCUGAUGCUGCUUUUGAAGGUGGUCCUGUGGCUACUGGUCUUUCUUUUUGAGAGAUGUGUGCAGUAUCACCACAAUGCCGUGAGGCAGAGAGGAUACCUGAAAUUUUACAGAAAAACCACAAAGCUCAAGCACCUGCCAUUACUCAUACAUUCUGCAGGUAAUGCUGCGGUGCUGAUAGUACUCGCCCAGUCCUCUCUGCUGGAAAACAAAAUGAAAAACCUCUCGGUGUGUCUGCUGCUCAUCAUCAUCUGCAUCGAGCUACUUGCAUCCUUUAUAUGCCUUCUGGUGUAUACAGUGCACGUGUUCAGGUAUAACAGGGCAAGACUAAGUCCAGAUAUCACCGAAGACGAGAGAUCUCACACCUACUCGGCUACUUACAGCGACGCACACACCGAGAUGGGCUUCAGAGAUGGUUCCUGUCUCGAAGAGGUGGUGGAGAAACAAGCGGACCUGAUCGAGUAUCUGAAGCAACACAACACACUGCUGAGCAAAAGAAUCCUGGCGCUCACAUCACAACACACCAAAGACUGAAGGAGGGGGAUUCCAGUGUUUGACCAGGGCUUUAAUGCUUGUGUCUGUUUGUGUGUGUGUUUGCUGCCUGACCGCAGUGGCCGUGCUCGACUAAUCACAAGGGUUUCAACGGGUAAAGAGACUCCUCUCCUUAACAUUGUUUCCAUGCUUCCUCGGUAACGGUUCCUUUUAAAUAAAGGAUUUCAUAUGGAAUUAAUAGGAAGGAAAAAAGACUUUGAUCAACCUGCAAGCUGUGAAAGCAACUAAAUGAUGAAUGAAGAAGUUGAAGCUGAUUUAGGAUGGAAUAUUAUAAGUAUCUGUGGAGAAUUUUGGUUCUCACAUUGGUUCUCAAUGUGAACUGCAGUAGGACUGAUUUGUGCUUCAUGUUUAGUGCAAUGUGAUUUGUACAUGUUUUUUGUUUUAUUUGAAUUCAAGUUUUUCUUGCAUAAUAAAUUUUUUAAAACAACAUG